AUGAGGGACCUCACCAAUGCAGUGACAUGCUUGAUAGUGAUCGUUAUUGAUGGACAAACUGAGACGCACAGACAAACUCAACAUUCAACAACCUUCGAACUAUUUGGUAGACAGCACCCUCUGGUGUUUGAUGGCAAGUGUAGCGAAGCAGAUGCUGACAACUGGAUCGAGUGCCUAGAGAAUAUCUUCCGCAUAGUCUUGUGUCCGAAACAAGAGAAGAUUGAAUUUGUUGCUUACAACUUAAUUGACAUGGCAAAUGGGUGUUGGAUGUCUACUCAUGGGCUUAUUCUGCAAGAGUUAAGCGAGUUGUCUAAGCACCAUGUCUGCACGGCGUGCUUUGAGAAGAGAGUGGUCUUUAGACCAUCAGGUGAGACAGAGUUCUGCUUUUGUGCAGUGGGUAAGUGCCCUAAGCCCAAGACGGUUUCCACAUUAAAGGUCACUGAGAUGCUAAAGAAGGGUUGCAUGGGAUUCUUUGCUAAUUUGGUUAUGUCUCAAUUAAAUGAGCCUCAGCUUCUGGAUAUCGAGGUAGUGAGAGAGUUCCCCAAUGUCUUUUUGGAUGAGCUACUUGGUUUACCUUCGGAUAGAGAGAUUGAGUUCUCAACAGAUCUUAAACUGGGAACAACGCAGAUCUCCAGAACACCCUACCAGAUGGCACCUGUAGAGCUCAAAGAGCUUAAGGAUCAGCUAUGGGAGUUAUUGGAGAAGGUCUUUAUUCACCUUAGCGUGUCACCAUGGGGAGCACCAGUCUUCUUUGCUAAGAAGAAAGACAGAUCGUUGUGCCUUUACACAAAUUAUAGAGAACUGAACGAGGUGACCGUUAAGAAUCGGUAUAUGUUACCUCGGAUUGAUGAUCUGUUUGAUCAACUUCAAGGAGCAUAG